AUGGGCCCCACCUUUGCUGUUCCGUCUUCUUCUGGCGUUGCUGCUGCUGGUGCUGGUGUUGCUGCUGCUGGGGCAGGGAUGAGGUUAGGUGCUGCUGGUGUGAGUGACGGUGCCAAUGGGGGGUUUGUGGAGGGAGGCAGCACGCGGCGGGGAGGGCACCACCGCAGCAGGAGCAUCAGCACUACCGGUGGUGUCUUUGGCACAGGAGGGGUGGCGGAAGCAGGAGAAGCGAGAGUGGGAGGAGGAGGGGGAGGGCUGGGAGGAGCGGAGGGAGUUGGAGGAGGGCGCGGACAUGUUGGUUCCACUGCUACAGGCAGCACGGGCAGCAUUCCAGGUGGCAGCAGCAGGCGGUUCUUGCAGCGGCCACUCAGCUUCAACGCCGUUCAAGGCCUCCUUCUCUCCCGCUCGGGCUCUCGUACUCCCCCUCCCCACCUGCACCUCCCUCCUCUUCCCCUCUCCUCUGACCGCUUCUCGCCCUCCCCUUCCUCCUCCCAUGCUCUCCGCAGCCCCCAACCGAGCCAGCAAAUCAGUCCUGGGUACAGCCCGAACCUGAACGCCAGCUUCGGCCAUGCGCCGAGCCUGAACGUGAGGAGCCGGUCUCCAAGCCCCCAGGUGCUCUCCCGCGUGGCAAGCACCGGCAGCUUGGUUGACGAGGGGGACGCGGAUGGCGAAGCAGACCACGAGAGGGGCAGGGGAAGAGUGCGAGGGGGAGGGAGGGCGUUGGAAAGGGAGGGGAGCAGAGGGGAGGGGCGGCGGUCGAGGGGGCCGAGCAGGAGCAGGAGCCGCACUGGAGGGCGGCGGAUGGGGAUGGGGCUGUCGUGGUCCAUGGGGCCUGCGAGAGACACGGGGGAGUUUGACGAGGACCUGAGGGACUGGGAGGGCGAGCUGCUCUUCCGCCCUCAACACCACCCCCACCUCUUCCCCCCCGACCGCCUGCUUCAAAGCGUUGCCGCUGCUGCUGCUGCUGCUGCUGGUGGUGGUGGUGCUGGUGGUGGUGCUGGUGGGCUGGAAGGAGAUGGUGGUGAGCGCACACUGGCUGCUGCUGGUCGCCAUGCUGCUGAUAUGGACGGUCAUGCUGGUAACGCACGUGACAGGAGGGCGGGGGCGGGUGCACCGGGGCACAGGCGGUUUGUGUCAGACCUGUUCUUCGAUGCCCCCAUGGAUUACUUCCAGCCCUUCCUGCCCUCCCCUGCUAACUCCUCUGGUGCCUCCAGCCCUGCCCUGGACCGGCUUGCUCCGCACACCACCCAGUUCGAACUUCUCUCACCGCACUCGGGGCAGUUUGAGACCUCCGCCCCGCACACGCCACAAGCACUGCACUUUGACCUCGCCCUCCCUCACCCACCCUCUGCAUCACCCUUUGACCCGCACCUCCCCCUCUCCGGAUCCUUCGAACUCCUGGCCUCCGAGCGACCAUCCUCCGAUCUCUCACCACAUAACGCUUUCACAGCCCUUGGGAACAGCAGCAGCUGCAACAGCAUCAGCCUGGCGCAUCCCUCCGCGUCACCCUUGCUCCCAUCAGCAGCCCCCCUCCCCCCACGCAGCAGCAGCAGGCGCAAGCUGCUGGGCGAGCGGCGGGGCUCGAGCUUCAAGGAGCGCCACUCCUCGCGAGACCUCUCCUUUGGGGAUGACCCCGUCUGGCUCAACCCCUCUCUCGCCCCCUCCUCCUCCCCAUCCGCCUCCCCUCCCGCUCCCCUUCCCCUCUCCAUCACUCCAUCUCGUGACACCGGGGCGGCCCUUGCGGCCGCCUCCUCCUCCUCCGCCUCCCGCCACCGAGUGGCCGGCAGUGGUAGUGGCAGUGGUGCCAGCUGGGAGAGGGCCUUCAAUCGCAGCAGCUCUUAUGGAGGACAGGGGCGCAUGUUCUCGGGCGGGGAAUGGUUGUCGGGAUCAAGAGAUCUCUAUCCGACUGGGGACAAAGGCAGCGUGAGAGACUCCCUGGGCGGCAGAGACAGGAUGGCAGAUGGCUCAUGCUCCACUUGGCAAGCCAGAGGCGCAAUCAGCGGAGAGCACGCUUUGUUGUUUAGAGGGCAAACCGACCGGGACUUGUUCUUCUCGGAGCAAGGCAGCCGAUUCGCGUCCCCUGCUGGUGCGUUCGGCUCGCGCGACCUGCUGUGCAGCAGUCAGCACGGGUCGUUUGUGGGCUCAGACGAGCAGGUGGAAUACCGGGAGGGCGCGUUCGGGAGCUUGGAACGGGUGGGAAGUGGGGGUCGAGGGGCGGGUGAGAGGCGAGAGCUGGUGGCGUUUGGCAGCACGGAGAAGGAGACAGAAGGCAGGCCCGAGAGGGGCGAGAGGGAUGCGGUGGAGGAGGCAAUUGGUGCUGCUUCUGCAGUUGCUGCUGCUGCAGCAGCAGCUGCUGCUUCGGUUUUCGGCAGUGCUGCUGGCGGUGGAGGCAUGGGAACGAGUGCUGGUGGGUUGAGCAGGGGUGGGCGGGAGCGGUUUGGGUUCCUGUCGUCUGACUUUGACUUUGACCUGCGCACGGGACCCCUGUACCCCAGUGGCCCUUCUGAGCCCGCUCAGUCCGCUGAGGCCUUUCUGAAGCCAGAUGUCGCGGGUGUGCAGAAGGGUAUGGUUGGGCAGGGUGUGGUGCAAGAGGUGGUUGGGAGCAGGAGCAGCAGCAGCAGCGGAGCAAGGCUGGUGCGUGGCAGUGGCAGAGCCAAGGAGCGGGGCGAGAAGGAGUACAGAGCAAGGGAGCAGGGCGAGGUGCAGUUUGCAGCUAGGGCGUUUGGUGACGGUGUGAGGGCCAGCGAGAAGAGCGGCAGUGGGAGGUGGUGGGAGAAGAUCCACUCGGGCGUGCGCAGCCUGGAGCAGAUGCAGCAGGACGCCUGUGACGCUGCCAUGGCUGCCGCUGCUACUGCCGCUGCUGACGCUGCUAGCAUGGUGGAUGGCAGCUCGGCAGAGCUUCCCGGCGAUGCUGCUGCUGCUGUUGCUGCUUUUGCUGCUGCUGCUGCUGCCGGUGCACCCGCAGCAUGCGAGAGAGCUGUAGAGCGAGCUUCUCAAGGCAAGGCAGAUGGUGCAGGCAGGGAGAGCGGGGAAGCAGGGGACCAGCAGCAGCAGCAGGAGAAUCAGUCGCAGGAGCAGCAGCAGCAGCAGCAGCAGCAGGAGCAGGCAAGGCCAGUGCAAGCACAGCAGCAGAAGGCACAGCACCCGGGGGCAGCGCUGUUCAUGGGGGGAGGGGGGUCGGUGCUGGGGAGGGGCCUGCGGGAGCUGAAGGAGGUGUACGUGGUGGGGCGAGCACCCGUGGGGCGCGGGCAGUAUGGCACCGUGCGCAAGUGCGUGCACAGAGGGACGGGCAAGGCGUAUGCGUGCAAGAGCAUCGGCAAGAGGAGCCUGCUGAGUGCAGCGGAGAAGGAGGCGGUGCGGCGCGAGGUGGGGUUACUGGAGCGGCUCAAGGGGCACGCCAACAUCAUCCGCAUGAAGGAGACCAUCGAGAGCACGAGGCACGUGCACAUAAUCAUGGAGCACUGCGAGGGCGGUGACCUGCUUGACCGCAUCCAGCUGCACCGCAACUUCCCAGAACCCUCCGCGGCGCGCAUCUUCCGGUCGCUGAUGCGCGCGCUGCAGCACUGCCACUCACAUGGCAUCGUGCACCGCGACGUCAAGCCCGAGAACGUCCUCAUCGCCCACACCUCCCCCCUCUCCUCCUCCCGCCCUGGCGCCGGCCACAUUGCCAAGAGCAGCAGCGUCGGCACGAGUGCCAGCGGCUGCAAUUUCAGCAGCGAUGCCGUGAAGCUGAUUGACUUCGGAGUGGCGACAGUGUACAGCCCGGAGAAGCCGUGCCGCGACAUCAUCGGCACGUCUGAGUACAUGGCUCCCGAGGUAUUCGACCAAUCGUACGGCCCGGAGUCGGACGUCUGGAGUGCGGGGAUCGUCCUAUUCAUGCUGGUGAUUGGCCGAGCGCCGUACAGCGACCCACCCUCCACCGGAGGCUCGGUGGCACCGGAGGAGAGGUCCGGGUGGCCGAGCGUGCUGGUGGCGAAGGAGGCGGGGUUCUACGGCGUGCGCGAGUGGGAGAACCUGUCGGCGGCAUGCAAGCACCUCAUUGGCUGGAUGCUUGUGAAAGAUCCCAAGGCCCGGCCCACGCCACAGCAAGUGCUCGCUCCGCGCAUGUUUGCCUUCGCAUCUUGUGUCUGCUCUGCUGCAUGA